CCUAGAAAUGUCGUAGACGAUCUCCACGAGAUCCAGCAAGAGAGAUCAGUACGGAUGCUCAAACCAUUGUCAACGUCUUCUCCUAUACGGCAGGGACUUUCGUCGUCAUCACCAAUUGCACCUAGAAACAGAACAUAUCAUCACCACCAAGACGAAAUCGAUAGCAGAUGCAAAACAGUGAAUUUGCGCAAUAAACACAACAAACUCCGCCAGGUGCGGAACCAAUAUAAGCAGGAUAAGAUCAUGUUGCAGCGUAGUAGAGUCAACGACCUCCAGUUCCAGGAAGAUUUCAAGAAAAAGUACGAUCUUGACUACAACGAAAUGGUAGCAGGAUACGACUUGGAUCAGCUCAUAGAGGAUGAGCGAGAGUCUGAGGCUCAAUACGCAGAAAUUGUUGCCUAUGAACGAGAACUCGAGAUCAUGGCCAUGGAGGAAGAGCUCGAAAUCGCAGAAAUGCUUGAGAUGAUGAAUAUUGCUGAUGCGUAA